CAUGUUGAUACCUUUGCAAAUUACUUUUUCGUGUUCGAUCUUUAGUGGGGGAUUAUUAUCCUUAUGGUAGCGUCAUUUCAUUCGUAGAUUUUUUACGGAAGGUCGGCUAGUAUAUGUAUAUGAUCAGCAGCAAUUUACUCAUUUCAUUAUAAUUUUAAAACAAUGAGUGCGUCCCCAGUGGUGCUGUCUUACUACUUAGGACUCGUGUAUAUUAUUACUAGUGGUGCAAUAGUAACUGCACAAAAUAUAGUAAACGAUGUCAGUAACUGGGGCACAAGCUACGAUGGAAGCAACUACCAGUACGGAAGGGCUGGGUAUUGCUCCUCGGGGACACAAUGCGUUCACAUCGACAAUUGUCCUUUUUUAUAUAAAGUAAUUAAUAAUGCAUGUGCCUACACGACCAGAAUCGGAGAGUUGGGAUGCGGUUACCAAGGCUCAGGGAUGGUGUGUUGCCCCACGACAAGUACCACUCACAGUACCAAUUUCAAUGGUCAGUUGUGCGGUCAAUCCAUGGUUGCGGCAGCACCCUACAACCGUAUAGGCGCAUAUCCUUGGGUGGCUCGAGUAAUAUUUAAAAACGCAGGUUCGGGAGAGACUAAGUUUCCAUGUUCAGGUUCGAUCAUUAGCAAUAGAGUGGUUCUAACAGCUGCCCACUGCGUUCUGACCAAAACGGAUAGUUACAAAUUGUUCGGUGUUCGCAUCGGAGAAUGGUCGUCUAAAACGGACCUUGAUUGCGGCCAGGAAUUUUGCGCACUUCCUCAUCAAGACAUUACUAUCAGUCAUGUCAUUGUUCAUCCCGGGUACGAGCAACGCACCUUUAAGGACAACAUAGCCUUGCUUGUGUUAAAUGAUCGAGCAAACUUCACUGUUACAGCACAACCAAUCUGCCUGCCCCAGCAUUGGGCGGGUGGUUCCAACUACGGGUUAGUUAUCGGUUGGGGAAAAAUUUCCGGACAACACGAAGCGCCUCCGUUUCAGCAAGUGAUUCAAUUGCCGAUCCUAGGAUUGCAACAAUGUUCACAUGUUUACGGAAGAACGAUUCCUAUAACCGAAAACAAUCUGUGCGUUGGUGGUUUAGCUGGGCGAGAUGUUUGUGAAGGGUUUGGUGGAUCACCCCUGGUGGAAGAGCAGGGUGGAAGCUACUUUCAGAUUGGCAUUUUGUCAUUCGGUUCUGACCAAUGUGGCGCACCAGGCGUACCUAGCGUUUACACUAACGUGAGGCGUUACGUAAAUUGGAUAAAGGACAACAUACCAACUUUUAGGAAUAAGUGACAUUGCUGUGUGUACAUUUGUUAUAUUUUUAAUUUUAAUAACAGGAUCUGAAAUUAU